AUGAGUGAAUUACCUGACUACGUGCUCAACCCCAAUGCUGUCCUUAUGGAUACCACUGCCACCUGGCGCAAUGGUAAUCCACCGGACUACUCUAAGACAAGAGCCUUCUAUGAAAAGACUAAGACAAGGACUCACGAACCCGGCAGUCUUCCAUUCCUGGUUGAAAACCUCGUGAAGAAUUGGGAAAUCGAAGCCUCCUUCAAGAGGAACCUAUCCGACUGGCGCACAAUCGAUGCCGACGUAUACACAGUUUCCCUGAACGGUGGUGAGCGACGAACGGGUCACCACAUGUUGGAAGUAGGGACCUAUAAUGCGCUUCUCACUGCGAGUCAGUAUUAUGAUCCUGAACAAAACAACUUCGAAGACUCGCACAAGUCGUUCAAGCGGAUGAUGCCAACAUUUGCUUGGGAGGUGCUUGAAGUAUACUCCGGCCCUCCAGUUGUGGUCUUUCGAUGGAGACAUUGGGGUGAGAUGAAGAAUGAUUACGUGGGAUACAAUAGUUCCGGUGAAAAAGUCAGGGUUGCAGCGCACGGUGGCACUAUUGAUAUUGAGGGUGUUAUUGUGGCCAAGGUCAAUGAUAAACUCCAAGUGCAGAGUCUUGAUAUCUGGUAUGACCCCAUGGCAAUGUUCCGCCAGAUUAGCAGAGAGGGCCAGGCUAUCAGCGAGGACCAGACUAGCCCCGAGGACCCAACUAGCAAAGAGGAACAGGCUAGCAGCCAGGGUGGUGUUAGCAGGUGUCCGUUUAUGUAA